CCGAAACGCAUCAGAUGUGAGGGGGUACCUUGUCUUAUUCAGUUUUUACUCACUAACCUGUAGGUGCGUCUGUGACUAUUGUUAUUUAUGUGCUGUAACUGUUUUAAUGAUGGAAUAAAAGUUUUAGGAGGAGCCGGUCUGGGAUAUUCUCUUUUUGUGUGGCUGUGAUUGGACUUUUACACAGGGCUCUCCUAGGAAACUUGCAGCGGGAAAAUUUGAUCGUGAACCCGUAACCCGGAAAGCCAAAACUCAACAUCAGCGGGACAGCGGCGGUGAUGCAGAGGGAUACUACUCACGGAAGAAGUUCUACCUUGAAAGGCCACCCUGAGAGGAGAAGAGGAAUCUCUGGCUGGAGAUCAGGGAUGCAGUUAAUGCAGUAGGGGUCCACAACAGGGAUGUCGAAUCCAUUAAACAUCGCUACCAGGACUGCAAAAUGGAGCUGAAAAAAAAAUGUCUCGGGAGUACCAACAUGCAACAGCAACCGGUGGCGGGCCUCCACUGACCGUGAAGUAUACCCGAUGGGAGGAUAUGUUGCGUCCCAGCAUCUCCGAGGUGGCCAUAAUCGGUAUCGGAGGAGUCGAUACCGGGAACCUGCCACUCUCAUCUGACGAGUCUGGGGAGGAGCCAGCACAGCAACCACAGGCUCCUCCUUCACCCAGGUAUGAGAGUGGUGGGGAUCAAUUGCCACCUCGGGGAGACAUCGAAGACAUCCCUCUAUACUCAGAAGAAGCCGCCCCCACUGCCGAAGAGAUCCCUGCACCAGCAGACCCUCUUGCACCAGCAGACCCCCAUGCACCAGCAGCCUGCCGUGCACCAGCAGUACCUGAGGAGGAGGAGAUAGCCGAGGUGCAGUUAUUGGUGGAUUUCCAAGAACAGAUGCGUGCCUCCCGGAGGGAAAAUAUUCAAACUCGAGUCCAGAUGUCAGAAGAUAUUCGUGCCAUUCGAGAAGGACAAAGAAAAAUUAUACAAGGCCAAAACCGGCUUGUGCAGAUUCUCACAGAUCUAUUUAAGUUCCUCCGGGAGGCGCAUGCUGGGUCAUCUGCUGCUGGGCCAUCUGCUGCUGGGCCAUCUGAACCUGGGCCAUCUGCUACUGGGCCAUCUGAACCUGGGACAUCUGCUCCUGGUACUCCUCAAUCUCCUCCUCAGCCUGGUCAUCCCAGUACUCUUCCUUCCCCUCUUCCCAUGAGACUAAGGCUCUGGGGGGUAGGGGCAACUGACCCCUUCAACGAGUUCUCAAGGGAGAUGUCUCAUACAUAA